AUGACGGAACUAUCCUUCGCGAAACAGUUCCUCACCGCGCUCGAAGCGCGCCCCGCCCGCCUCUCCAGCGACCAUGUCGUAGACCCCAAGAGCUACCCAGCCCAGCCGGCCUUCAUCCUCCCACGCAUGCCCCAACCCAAGCGCAAACCCACCGACUCCCGCACCGCCGACUCCACCACCACCACCGACCAACCCGCCCCCGCCUCCGCCCCCGAAGCCAGCAGCACCUCCGCCCUCGCAACCGUCACGCUCAAGCCCACGCGCUCCACCCUCCCAACCCACACCCUCCCCCACCCCGUCUCCACCGCCACGACCUCGAUCCACGACCUCAAAGCCGCGUACGCCGCCUUCGCCGCCGGCAGCGGCGGCCUCUCCACGACCAAGAUCAAGAUCCUCCACGCCAAAAAGCCCGUCAACGACACCAAGACGAUCUCAGACGUCCUGGGGAGCGAUGCCGCGAGCGCAACAGGGACGACACCCAUCUCCGUCGAGUUCAGCGUCAUGGUGCUGGGCGGGUCCGGCACGACGCCGACAACCGGCGGCAACGGCACGCCCGCCAUCUCGACGCCCGAACGGCUCGCGAGCCCGCCCGUCGCCGUGCCCGCGGUCGCACCGCCGCCAACAGAACCAGUAACAGAACCAGUAACAGAACCACCGACAGGAUCAACAGAAGCAUUGCUUCCCCCUUCGCAGCCGGAGAUCGAGAUGGGCGAAGCGCCGCCGGUGGGGGGCGAGGCGGACGGAUCGUCGGCGGAAGAGACGCUGCGGACGGACGGGUUCUGGGACGACUUGAAGGGGUUCUUGGUGCAGCGGCUGAAGGACGAGGGCGAGGGGGAGAGGCUGGCGGGGGUGUUUAGGGAGGCGUGGGCUGGGGCUGGGGCCCAGAAGUGA